CAAAAACCAAAGGAAAUAACGAAUCUGGCAGCAACAAAUCAGAUCAAGUUCAAUGGCGACCCCCUCUUUCCUCUCCAGCUUCAAAUACUCGGACAGUCUCACAGUCGUCGGAAUCUCAAUCUGCACCGCCGUAAUCUGCGAGGCCAUCUCAUGGGUCCUCAUCUACCGCACCAACUCCUACAAGUCCCUCCGCUCAUCCAUCGACAAAGCCGCCAAGAAGCUCGAGACCAUGAAGACCGAAUCCACCGCCAAAAUCACCAAAAAGUCCAAAACCAAGAAGAUCGAUCGCGUCGAGACCAGCCUCAAGGAGUCCAGCCGCGACCUCUCCCUCUUCAAGUUCAAGUCCGGCGCCGUCGUAGCCCUCGUUCUCUUCGUCGUCUUCGGCCUUCUCAACUCGCUGUUUGAAGGGAAGGCCGUGGCGAAAUUACCCUUUAAGCCCUUCGGGCUGGUGAUGAAGAUGAGCCACAGAGGCCUGCAGGGGGACGACGCGACGGAUUGUUCGAUGGCGUUUUUGUACUUUCUGUGCUCGAUUAGUAUUCGGACCAAUUUGCAGAAGUUCUUGGGCUUCUCGCCGCCCCGAGGCGCCAGUGCCGGGUUGUUCCCCAUGCCCGACCCGAAGACCAAUUGAUGAUGGAUCCAAUGGGAAGCUGGUUUGCUCUGACUUUUUAGCUUUGUUGUUUUGAUUUUCAAGCGACGAUUUUCGAUAUGGGACUUUGUUAGUCAAUAGCCUGCUAUAUGUGAGAAGUUCAGUUUGCUGAAUUUUGCAAGUUUAGUUAAGAUGUGAACAUUAUUUAAAGAUGCAUAAUGUGCUGCCUGCUACAGUGAUUGGGACUUUGUUGAUGUGGUAAUGCUUUUGCUAGACUAAAGAUAUGAUUGGUUACCUUACUUUGUUAAAUGUGUUGGUGAAAU